AUCUCAACACAGCAAUGAUGGAUAAGCUGCCGAGACGUGUCUGAAUAAUCCAGACGAAUAGGGUUCGUUUAGCCUCCGGAUUCUUCAGCUGUAACUCCGUAGCAAGCAACCUAUAUAAGAACCACUUGCGUCCAAAGCAUUGCAGAUACAACCAUUCCAACAAACAACAUUCCUCUUCACAAUUUCUGAGCCUCAAGUCGAAAGUCAUAGUAUCUUCGUUCUUCAUUAGCCAACACGACCAUGUCUCGCUACUCUGAAGCGCACGCUAAGCCCCAGGGUCCUGGUGACGCCCGCCCUACAGCUCUCCAGAUUAUCAAGGACGAGGGAGCUGAAGGCAAGCUUGUCGGUCAAUAUAUAGUCAUCACUGGAACAUCAUCUGGUAUUGGUGUUGAGACGGCUAAAGCCUUAGCCACCACAGGCGCUAAGCUCUUCCUUACCGCCAGGGAUGUUUCUAAAGCUCAAACUGCACUCUCAAGUUUCUUCAAUCCCGAUACUAUGGAGAUUGUUAAGAUGGACCAGAACUCCUUUGUUUCUAUUCGCUCUGCGGCUGAGACUAUUCUCUCAAAGACAUCAAAAAUCCACCUCCUUGUCAACAACGCUGGCAUUAUGGGAAUCCCUACACUUAGCUUUACUGCUGACGGCCACGAACUUCAAUUUGGAACGAACCAUCUCUCUCACUUCUUAUUAUUCGAGCUGCUUAGGCCUGCUCUCCUAGCAAAUGCUUCAGCUGAGCUACCCUCUCGCGUUAUAAGCUUAUCCUCUACGGCCCACCUUUUCAACGGCAUCAACGACUCCGACAACUACAACUUCCAGAAAACCCCGUACGAGCCCAAUGUCUCAUACGGUCAGUCUAAGACCGCCAACCUCUACUUUGCCAACGAAGUUGAGCGCCGAUUUGGCUCGCAACACCUACACGCAACGAGCCUCCACCCCGGCAUCAUCGCCACCGGGCUGGCACAGCACAUGCCUGCAGAUUCCUGGAAGGGCAUGGAUCACAUAUUCCCUACCAUGAAGAGUGUCGAGCAGGGCGCCGCAACCACGGUGUUGGCUGCGGUUGGAAACCUGGAGGCACAGGCUGGCAAGUACCUUGUUGACUGCCAGGUCGCAGGUCCUCACGUUGAAGGCGAGGACAAGUUGACCUCAAAGGGUUAUGCUCCUUGGGCUUUUGAUGUCCAGCAGGCCACUCGGUUGUGGGAAGAUUCACUUAAGAUUGUUGGUAUCUAGAUAUAGUUCUUCUUCAAUAUAGUAUACUCUACCGUAAAAACUCG